AUGUCUCCCGCCAUGCAUGAUCGGGUGCUAAACGACUUGUCGCACGAUCGCCGCAUCAUCAUCACGAUCAUCUCUGACGCUGCAGGCAGUGCUCUAAAGCUCUUUCCCGCAAUCAUAGUUGCAAUGUACGGUGUUUUUGGGUUUUUUCUCUCUAUUGGUGCAUUUUUCAUCCUUCCUGGGCUUUCUGAGGCUGCCCUGUCAUGCCUGGACAGCCAUGGAGAUCCCAUAGAUUGGUUCAAUUUAUACAAACUCCCAAAAAAAAUUUCCACAGGACUACAGUACUUUGUGCUGACGGAGAGAGACAAUGACUGGCGACUUUCAAGUGAUUCCAUUGAUGAUCCCCUGAGUAUUCCCGGGCAAAUACUGAGACAGCUCACGCGUGAUCAUGUGGUGCUGAUGUACAACGAUGAACCUCCCGAGGGAGAGACUGAUGGUACACGAGGACACACAAAGGGUGUUAUUGCAACGGAUGCAGAAUCUGGGUUUUGGCUCAUUCAUUCUGUGCCAAAAUAUCCCAGCGGAUUAGGUACAGCAUACAUGUACCCCAAAACGGGAACAAUCUACGGUCAGAGCUUCCUGUGUGUCACCUUUAAUGCCACCGAGAUGGACACUAUAGGGCUUCAGUUGAUGAUGAAUGAGCCUCAUUUGUAUGAGAUUAAUCUCCCUGAAAAAUUAAAGGAAGUUUUUCCAAAUCUCGUGAGAGCAUCCAACAUGAUGAGGAUCACAACUCCACCAUUUUGGCGUGUUGAGGAGCUAAAAUCCCGCAAUGGAAGCAUCUUCAGGAGCUUCGCCAAGAGUGCUAAGUUCCAAAAGGAGCUCUAUACGGAUUGGGUAGCUCCCACACUUGGAGCUACGCUGAUGGUUGAAUCCUGGCUACAUGGACCGGGUCGUUUGGAAUCAAAUUGUUCCCUCCAAUUUGGUGUCUUCAAUCUCAGAGACAUCAUCAUUCACCUAAAUGGCAACACAACGAGCUUCCGGACGCUCGAUGAUCAUUCCAAGUGGGCUGUUUCACUUGGGGAGCAGGAUUGGAUUUGUGUGGGUGACAUCAAUCGUUCUGAGCAUCAAAAAGUUCGCGGAGGAGGUACCCUAUGUCGCUGGGACAAGAAAGUAGCUACUGCAUACAGGAACGCCAUUCUUGACUACUAUCCCUGUCCUGACAUCUCACAAAACUCAUCUGAAAAUUACUCAGAAAACUACUAAAUGAUCUCUCUUCUCUAAAACUCAUAUUUUCUAUGAAUAAAAACAUUUAUUCUUGGUCACACUA